AUGUUGCAAUUAAAGUUGUCGUAUCAAGAUCAAGAUCACAGUCUAAACAUUAAAUCAAAUAAUGUUCUUGAUCAAAAUUAUCUAUUUUUUAAACUUCAGCAAGAAAAUGCAAAAUUGCCGCCCCAAGCUUCGACAGCAUUCAUACUAGCUCAAAUUGAACGACAAAAUGCAUUAUUAGAAAAAGAUCCAAAAUCAAUUUACAUUCAGUCUAAUCAACUGAAGGCGAAUUUUACUACUAUUCAGCGACUAGUCAAGGCUAGUACAGAUGAUUGGGGCUUUUGGAAAGCUUUUAUUGAAAAUCCAGAUCAAGUAGCCUUACAACUUCCCCAUUUACUAUCUUUAAAGUUGAAAUUAGGUAUACCACCCCAAGUCCGAGGAUUAAUAUGGCAAGCUAUGUCCAAGUCCGCUUCAUUACAUUUGGAAACCGUCUAUGGUCAGUUAUGUAAAGAAAAAUCCCCUCAUGAACGUAUCAUUCAACGUGAUUUAGCUAGAACUUAUCCUUGUAUUGACAUGUUUAAGCAAGAAAACGGGCAGGGUCAGGUUUCGAUGAAACGAAUCCUAGAGGCUUAUAGUUUAUAUGAUUCAGAUGUAGGAUAUUGUCAGGGCUUAGCAUUUCUUGUAGGACCUUUAUUGAUGAAUAUGGCUGAAACACAAGCAUUUUGUGUUUUUGUAAGAUUAAUGGAAACAUAUGAAAUGAGGACGAUGUUUACUUCAAGUAUGGAGGGCCUUCAACUUCGUCUUUACCAAUUUUCUAUUCUUCUUCGUGAAAUACUACCAGAACUUAUGACUUUUCUGGAACAGCAUGAUAUCCAUCCAGCUAUGUAUGCCUCACAAUGGUUUUUGACACUAUUUGCUUAUGCAUUUCCUAUGCAGUUGAUUGAUCGUAUCUACGAUAUUGUAUUUGCAGAGGGCGCCUCUGAAACAAUCAUGAGAGUUUCAAUCGCUAUGCUAAAGCGAUCCCAAUAUGCGCUUUUAGCUAAUACUGAAUUUGAAGAUAUUUUAGAUUUUUUAACCUCGCACAAGCUAUGUGAACCUUAUGCUGAUUUUGGGCAUGUGAUAAGUGAUGCUAUGUCUUUGUCAGACAUGAUCACAAGAGAUAAGAUGGAACAAUUGAGCAAAGAGUAUAACGGGCAACAAGGAGAUACAAAGGGUCAAAUGACUGGGUUUUGGAAAAGGCGAAGAAAUACGAUCUUCAAUAAACGGUUAACAAGUAUAGAUAACACACCGACUGGAACACAGGUAAGAUCCUCUUUACAGAAAAAGCGUUGGUCUUCUAUUUCAUCUUUAAGCCAAGAUAGAUCAUUUUAUCAUAAGCAAGAUAACGAACAACUCAAGUUGAUAUUAAAAGAACUCAGAGAGGUUAAAAUAAUGCAUCAAAAGACUUUCGAGGAGCUUAUCAAAGUUCAGAAUGAUAAUCAAGAUCUUGUAUGUGAACGAGAUGCAUUAAAAUUAACAAUUACUGAAUUAGAACGUCAAAGAGAUAAAACUUGUGAUAGCCCUAUCAUGCUUCCAUCAACAAAUACAAAUUUACAACAAGAGCUUUUAGCAAAAAACCUUCAAUUAGAGCAAGAAUGUAAGAAGCUUUCUUGGGAAUUGGAAAUGAUGCAAUCUAAAUUUGAUAUGGUAAAUGAAGGACAAAUGGCUCUUGUUGAUCGACUUGUUUCACUUAAGAUAGAAAUGGAUGAGACCAUAAACGAAAAAAAAGAAAAAGAGGCAUGCCAGCUUCUUACAAAGUUAGAAAAUGAAAGACUUAAGUUAGAAAUUAAAAGACUUGAACAACAAAAUAUCUCUUUAGAAACAAAGUAG